UUUCUAACGAAAAAGAAAGAAUGUCGUCUUACUCAUACUUGUUCAAAUACAUCAUAAUUGGAGAUACUGGAGUCGGGAAAUCCUGCUUGCUCCUUCAAUUCACAGAUAAAAGGUUCAGGACACAGCACGACCUCACCAUUGGAGUUGAAUUCGGAGCCAGAGCUGUUGAGAUCAACAACGAAACCAUUAAGCUGCAAAUAUGGGACACUGCUGGACAAGAAUCCUUCAAAAGUAUCACUAGAUCUUACUACAGAGGCGCCGCUGGCGCCUUGUUAGUCUAUGAUAUCACUCGUAGGGAAACUUUCAACCAUAUCUCAACUUGGUUGGACGAGGUCAGACAGAAUGGCAACUCAGACAUGGUCAUUAUUAUGGUUGGCAAUAAAUCUGACCUAGAGUCAAAGAGACAAGUCUCUUUCGAGGAAGGUAAAUCCUUUGCGAAGGAUAACAAUCUGAUCUUCAUGGAGACUUCUGCUAAAACAAGUUCAAAUGUUGAAGAUGCUUUCUUAGAAACGUCUAAAUACAUUUACGACAAUAUUACUAAUGGAAUAUAUGACUUGUCUAAUGAGAAAUCCGGAAUUAGAGUUGGUAGCAAAGCUGGCAUCGCCGGUGAGAUUGAUAAGCCUAAAGAUAAAAAACUCAAGAAGACAAGGGAUGGGGAGACCAAGAACGAUGGAGGAUGAUGCUAGACAUGACCCUGACAAUACUUAUUUCUAAUAACAAAGAGUAGUUUCUC